GUCUGUUCUUUGGAGUUCUGGGAGGUAGGUUAUGGGCAGGACCACCUCUGGCUGGACCAUGAAGCCUGAGACUGUUUCUACUCUGCGCUGGGCCCUGCUCUGCCUGAGCACUCAGCUGAUCACUGUUCCCCUUCCUGAGGCCUGCUGCUGUUAGGAGGUAGAACUUCAGGACUGGUCCUUGGCCUGUGUCUACCUUUCACCUGGCUCACGUCACUCCUCCGUCACGGCACCCCUGAGCCCAGCCCUGUCCGAGGCCUCCUUGGCUGGGGAGUUUGGGGGUACUCUGGGAGGAGUAUAUCACUGAAGGCUUCUUCCUAGUCUGUGCCCCUUCUCCUCCUUGAAUCAAGGCCUCCGGAUCCACAUGGAUAGCUGAGAUCUUUUCUUGGAGAAAGACACUUCUUCCUCACUCCAGUCUACCCUACUGUCCCACUUGACUUUCCCCUGUUUCCUCUGUCUCUCUGUUGGAUUUCUUGUUUGUGUGCUGUCUUGUUCUCUUUCCUCCUUCCUCACGCUCCCGGUAUUCGUGUGUUUGCCUCUUUCCUCUUGUGUGCUCUCUGUCCCCCACUCUGUCUUGUCUCUUUCUCUCCCUUCCACCUCCAAGGGAGCUCCUCUCCUGAGGGCUGUUCCCCAGCCUGUCUGCCCAUUUGGCUCUGUCCCACAAGCCACAAUGAGCUUCACCCUCCACUCCGGUUUUUUCACCCUGAAGGUGAGCAUCCUGCUGGGGUCCCUGCUGGGGCUCUGCCUAGGCCUUGAAUUCAUGGGCCUCCCCCACCAAUGGGCACGUUACUUCCGCUGGGAUGCCAGCACACGCAGCGACUUGAGCUUUCAGUUCAAGACCAAUGUCUCCACGGGGCUGCUCCUCUACUUUGAUGAUGGUGGCGUCUGUGACUUCCUUUGCCUCUCCCUUGUGGAUGGCCGUGUUCAGCUCCGCUUCAGCAUGGACUGCGCUGAGACUUCUGUGUUGUCCAAUAAGCAGGUGAAUGACAGUAGCUGGCACUUCCUUAUGGUGAGCCGUGACCACCUGCGCACAGCGCUGGUGCUUGAUGGUGAGGGUCAGUCUGGGGAGCUGCAGCCCCAGCGGCCCUAUAUGGAUGUCGUCAGUGACUUAUUCCUUGGUGGGGUUCCUGCUGAUAUUCGAUCUUCUGCCCUGACCCUUGAUGGAGUACAGGCCAUGCCCAGUUUCAAGGGAUUAAUCCUGGAUCUCAAGUAUGGCAACUCGGAGCCUCAGCUUCUGGGGAGCCAGGGUGUCCAGUUGGAAGCUGAGGGACCUUGUGGUGAGCGUCCCUGUGAAAAUGGUGGAAUCUGCUUCCUCCUGGAUGGCCACCCCACCUGUGACUGUUCUACUACUGGCUAUGGUGGCACACUCUGCUCAGAAGAUGUCAGUCAAGGUCCAGGCCUCUCCCACCUCAUGAUGAGUGAACAAGCUCGAGAGGAGAAUGUGGCCACUUUCCGAGGCUCUGAAUAUCUCUGUUACGACUUGUCUCAGAACCCAAUCCAGAGCAGCAGUGAUGAAAUAACCCUCUCCUUUAAGACUUGGCAGCGCAAUGGGCUCAUCCUGCACACGGGCAAGUCGGCCGACUAUGUCAACCUGGCUCUGAAGGAUGGCGCGGUCUCCUUGGUCAUUAACCUGGGGUCCGGAGCCUUUGAGGCCAUUGUGGAGCCAGUGAAUGGAAAAUUCAAUGACAACGCCUGGCAUGAUGUCAAAGUGACACGCAAUCUCCGGCAGGUGACAAUCUCUGUGGAUGGCAUUCUUACCACGACGGGCUACACUCAGGAGGAUUACACCAUGCUGGGCUCCGAUGAUUUCUUCUAUGUGGGAGGAAGCCCAAGUACUGCUGACUUGCCAGGGUCACCUGUGAGCAACAACUUCAUGGGCUGCCUUAAAGAGGUUGUUUAUAAAAAUAAUGACAUCCGUCUGGAGCUGUCUCGCCUGGCCCGGAUUGGGGACACCAAGAUGAAAAUCUAUGGUGAAGUUGUGUUCAAGUGUGAGAAUGUAGCCACACUGGACCCCAUCAACUUUGAGACCCCAGAGGCUUACAUCAGCUUGCCCAAGUGGAACACUAAACGAAUGGGCUCUAUCUCCUUUGACUUUCGUACCACUGAGCCCAAUGGCCUGAUCCUCUUCACUCAUGGAAAGCCUCAAGAGAGAAAGGAUGCUCGGAGCCAAAAGAACACAAAAGUUGACUUCUUUGCUGUGGAACUUCUUGAUGGCAACCUGUACUUGCUGCUUGACAUGGGCUCAGGCACUAUCAAAGUGAAAGCCACUCAGAAGAAAGCCAAUGAUGGAGAAUGGUACCAUGUGGACAUUCAGCGAGAUGGCAGAUCAGGUACCAUAUCAGUGAACAGCAGGCGCACGCCAUUCACCGCCAGUGGGGAGAGUGAGAUUCUGGACCUGGAAGGGGACAUGUACCUGGGCGGGCUGCCGGAGAACCGCGCUGGCCUCAUCCUCCCCACGGAGCUCUGGACCGCCAUGCUCAACUAUGGUUACGUGGGCUGCAUCCGUGACCUGUUCAUCGAUGGGCGCAGCAAGAACAUCCGGCAGCUGGCGGAGAUGCAGAACGCCGCGGGCGUCAAGUCCUCCUGUUCACGGAUGAGCGCCAAGCAGUGUGACAGCUACCCUUGCAAGAACAACGCCGUAUGCAAGGAUGGCUGGAACCGCUUCAUCUGCGACUGCACUGGCACGGGCUACUGGGGAAGAACCUGCGAAAGGGAGGCGUCCAUCCUGAGCUAUGAUGGCAGCAUGUACAUGAAGAUCGUCAUGCCCAUGGUCAUGCACACCGAGGCAGAGGACGUGUCCUUCCGUUUCAUGUCCCAGCGAGCUUACGGGCUGCUGGUAGCUACCACCUCCAGAGACUCUGCCGACACCCUGCGUCUGGAACUGGACGGGGGACGCGUCAAACUCAUGGUUAACUUAGACUGUAUCAGGAUAAACUGUAACUCCAGCAAAGGACCUGAGACCCUGUAUGCGGGGCAGAAGCUCAAUGACAAUGAGUGGCACACUGUUCGAGUGGUGCGGAGAGGAAAAAGCCUUAAGUUGACUGUCGACGAUGAUGUGGCUGAGGGUACAAUGGUGGGAGAUCAUACCCGCCUGGAGUUCCACAAUAUCGAAACCGGUAUCAUGACUGAGAAGCGUUUCAUCUCCGUUGUCCCAUCCAGUUUCAUUGGCCAUCUGCAGAGCCUCAUGUUUAAUGGCUUGCUCUACAUUGACUUGUGCAAAAAUGGUGACAUUGACUACUGUGAGCUGAAGGCCCGUUUUGGACUGAGGAACAUCAUUGCUGACCCUGUCACCUUCAAGACCAAAAGUAGCUACUUGAGCCUUGCCACCCUCCAGGCCUAUACUUCCAUGCACCUCUUCUUCCAGUUCAAGACCACCUCAGCUGAUGGCUUCAUUCUCUUCAAUAGUGGUGAUGGCAAUGACUUUAUUGCAGUUGAGCUAGUCAAGGGGUACAUACACUAUGUGUUUGACCUUGGAAAUGGUCCCAAUGUGAUCAAAGGCAACAGUGACCGUCCUCUGAAUGACAACCAGUGGCAUAAUGUCGUCAUCACUCGUGACAACAGUAACACCCACAGUCUGAAAGUGGACACCAAGGUGGUUACUCAGGUUAUCAACGGUGCCAAAAAUCUGGAUUUGAAAGGUGAUCUCUACAUGGCUGGCUUGGCCCAAGGCAUGUACAGUAACCUCCCAAAACUCGUGGCCUCCAGGGACGGCUUUCAGGGCUGUCUGGCAUCGGUGGACUUGAAUGGACGCCUGCCUGACCUCAUCAAUGAUGCUCUCCACAGAAGUGGGCAGAUAGAGCGUGGCUGUGAAGGACCCAGUACUACCUGCCAGGAAGACUCAUGUGCCAACCAGGGUGUUUGCAUGCAGCAGUGGGAGGGCUUUACCUGUGACUGCUCCAUGACGUCAUAUUCUGGAAACCAGUGCAAUGAUCCUGGCGCUACGUACAUCUUUGGGAAAAGUGGUGGCCUCAUCCUCUACACCUGGCCAGCCAAUGACAGGCCCAGCACCCGCUCUGACCGCCUCGCUGUGGGCUUCAGCACCACUGUGAAGGAUGGCAUCUUAGUACGCAUUGAUAGCGCUCCAGGACUUGGCGACUUCCUCCAGCUUCAUAUAGAACAGGGGAAAAUUGGAGUUGUCUUCAAUAUUGGCACAGUUGACAUCUCCAUCAAAGAAGAGAGAACCCCCGUUAAUGAUGGCAAAUACCACGUGGUGCGCUUCACCAGGAAUGGAGGCAAUGCGACACUCCAGGUGGAUAACUGGCCCGUGAACGAGCAUUAUCCAACAGGCAACACUGAUAAUGAACGCUUCCAAAUGGUAAAACAGAAAAUCCCCUUCAAAUAUAACCGGCCCGUAGAAGAGUGGCUGCAGGAAAAAGGCCGGCAGUUAACCAUCUUCAACACCCAGGCGCAAAUAGCCAUUGGUGGAAAGGACAAAGGACGCCUCUUCCAAGGCCAACUCUCUGGGCUCUAUUAUGAUGGUUUAAAAGUACUGAACAUGGCAGCUGAGAACAACCCUAAUAUUAAAAUCAAUGGAAGUGUUCGGCUGGUGGGAGAAGUCCCAUCAAUCUUAGGAACAACACAGACAACCUCCAUGCCACCAGAAAUGUCUACCACUGUCAUGGAAACCACCACAACAAUGGCUACUACCACAACCCGCAAGAAUCGCUCUACAGCCAGCAUUCAGCCAACAUCAGAUGACCUUGUUUCCUCUGCUGAAUGUUCAAGUGAUGAUGAAGACUUCGUUGAAUGUGAGCCAAGUACAGAUAAGAGUCUUUCCACUUCAAUCUUCGAAGGUGGCUACAAAGCACAUGCGCCCAAGUGGGAAUUCAAGGACUUUAGACCUAACAAAGUCUCGGAAACUAGUAGGACUACUACCACAUCUUUAUCCCCUGAGCUGAUCCGCUUCACAGCUUCCUCCUCGUCUGGGAUGGUGCCCAAAUUGCCAGCUGGCAAAAUGAAUAACCGUGAUCUCAAACCCCAGCCUGAUAUAGUCUUGCUUGCGUUGCCCACUGCCUAUGAGCUAGACAGCACCAAACUGAAGAGCCCACUAAUUACUUCCCCCAUGUUCCGUAAUGUGCCCACAGCAAACCCCACGGAGCCGGGAAUCAGACGGGUUCCGGGGGCCUCAGAGGUGAUCCGGGAGUCGAGCAGUACAACAGGGAUGGUCGUCGGCAUUGUGGCUGCUGCCGCCCUCUGCAUCUUGAUCCUCCUGUACGCCAUGUACAAGUACAGGAACAGGGACGAGGGGUCCUAUCAAGUGGACGAGACGCGGAACUACAUCAGCAACUCAGCCCAGAGCAACGGCACGCUCAUGAAGGAGAAGCAGCCCAGCUCGAAGAGCGGCCACAAGAAACACAAGAACAAGGACAAAGAGUAUUAUGUGUAAAAAUGCUAGCCCUGAGCACACGUGCUGAAUUUAAACGCAGGAUUAUUUCUAUAUACACAUAUGAGUGCUUUGACAAUGAGAUUUAACAGAUGUCAGACCUGUUCUAACUGUGAGACGGGGUAUACCAUGACUAUGGUGGGGAAAACCAUUUUUCAAAGGACACACACAGUGAUGUAUCUAUCUGUAACGUUCAGCCCUGGCUGCCGUGUUCCAGCCAUGGCUUGGAGACAGAAAGUUCCUUCUGCCCUGCUGUAUUCAUAAAGCACACCUAGCACCCUGGAGACUCUACCACGUUCAUGGACUUGGAUUUCCUUCUCUCCAGGACCUUUUGCAAAGGGUAGAAGACUUCAUGGCUUACUUGUUCCAUAACUCCAAGUGAGUCUCUAAUGUUUGUGAAGCUUGACUGUAACAAUGUUUUUUCGGUUUAAUUAUGUAAAAAACAAAAUCAAAAAAAAAAAAAGAAAAGAAAAAUGUUUAAAAAAACAAAACAAAACAAAAAAAUCCCAUAAACAAAACAAAAAUCACCCUUAACUGGUUCUGGCCAGUGUGUGUAACAUUUCAAGAUCUGAGUGGAAAAUGGCUUUUGGGUUUUUGUUUAUUUAUUUUUUUUUUGACAAUAACUGGACAUAAGAAGAAGAGAAAAAAACUCAUAAAACAAAAAGUAUGAGAGACUAUUGCCAUAUGAACUCAAAAGCUACCAUGGUGUUCACUCUACAUAUCAGGUUGUGUUGUCUCUAGAAUCUGUUGUUUGUUUCCUGUAAGAUGCUUCGAUGAACACAUAGCAAAACCCAUGUAAUAGAUGGUAAUAUUGAUUUGCAAAGCUGGUCCCCCAGGAUCUAAUUCCAGAAUUUACCACCUAAACCCUGAACAGAUGGGUUUGGGGCUGGUUUUAAUAGAGCUAUUGGCUUUACUUAACAAGAUCCUUCCUGUCCAUUAACCCAAAUUGUGCAAAAGGGCAAAGCCCCAUAAAUUAAAAAAAGAACCUUUCCUAGGGAAGGGAAGGGGGGUGGGCUGGAUCUGUAAUUGAUUGAAAUGCAUGCAAAGAAAAAAGAAAAAGACAAUACUAGUCUGUUGAAUAAUCAAAACAGACAAUAGGGGAAUUGAACUUGUGAUGGAACCAAAAAGGUCACACAAGCCAAACAUGUCAUGACAGAGUGCAGAAUAUAUAGUUCUUUCCCCGCCCCCACAUGAUAAUGGUUUUCAUAGUGGUUUAAUUUUGUAGCCUGACAUGUAUAACUAUCCUUCCAUUUGCUCACUUCUCCCUUCACCCAUCUUUUUUAAAAACAAAUAAAUAAAUGAAUAAAGCUGCUGUGACACACAAAAAAGGAAUUUAAUAGUAUAAUAUAUAUAUAAAUAAAUAUAUAUACAGAUAUAUUUAUCAUGGUAUGUUUGAUGGGACGACUGACACAGAAAUCUGUUAAAGUCUUGAAGUGGAAUGAGAAUGUUAUUUUAAAAGAAAAUAACAAAACAACAAAAAAGUAAACCUUAAAAUGUGAAGAAAGUGUGAGUUUUAGUUUUGUCACAGUUAACUGUGUCAAAAAGAAUUUUAAAAAAUCUUCUCAGAUUUUGUUUACAUAUUUUACUACAUUUUUGCUGGUAUAAUUCCUAGCCACCUAUGUACAUACUGCUUAAAGAACUGUAAUUUCCUUUCUAUUUGUUUAUUUCAGUUUGUUUGGUUUGUAUUCCAGUUGUCCUUUUGUUUUCUUUUGUAAAGAGGAAACAAUGUACAAAAAAAUAAUAAACUGGUGUGUGGCUAUAGCUAUUCAAAAAGCAAGAGACAAAGCAAGACAAAUAUUCACAGAGAAAUGAAGUGUAUCCUCUGGAGGGUCAGAUAUACACAAUUUCUUUUGUACAGAUGAAAAACAAUCAGCUGUUUAGAUUUAGAAUCUACUCUUGCUGAUCUUUGUAAGUUGCAUGAAUAUUUGACUUUGAAAAAAAUAUCUUAAAGACAUGGGGCAAAAAAGCGCAAUCUAAACAAUGGUAGCCUUUACUGACGUGUAUGGAAAGAGAUGUUCCUCCUUAUCUGAUAUUUCAAUGUGUUAAGAGUUUUUGAUUUUUUUUGUUGUCACUGAAAAAGACAGGACUAUUAAAAGAUAUCAAAGCACGAUUUUAGAUAACUUACAUGGCCCAGCCUAUAUGAAGUUGAUUAUAUCUCGAUGUCUGUAAAAGAUUGCUGUUCUUGAAGUCUUGAGGUCUUGUGAACUGAUUUCCUGCUUUCUUUCUUUACAUUUUUUUCAUUUGAGAAAAAUACAUUUGUUAUAUUCCUUUUAGUGUAAGUUUCUAUUUGGACAAUUUUCUGGGAACAUGUGCAUUCUGUAUGUGAGCUUUUAUCAUACUCCUGUUGUUUUAUUAGCAGACCCUAAAGGAAUUUAUUUUAUGAUGUUGUGAUGUUACUGCUUUUUCUUUUUCCUUUUCUCUUUUAUUUCAUAUUUGCAUUUUCGUUCAAGGAUAUGCUUAGCAAUAAAAUGUUCUUCCCAAA